CAUCAUCUUUUUUAUCUCAUUGCUGGGACGGGCAUGUCGCCUCAUGCGCCUCUGCUAUGGCCCCCGCGGUUGAGGUGUUGAUUCUUGCCGAGCAGCAAGCCAUGGCUAGCCAGAAGGACAGCCAGGAUAGCCAGGCCUUAUUGGGGAAGUUCAUGUUGGAGCACGGCCUGGGCGUGCACAGUAGCAGUCCGCCCGUCCCUCCUAAAUCUACCCAUCUAUCGCAAAACCGCGCCUCGUUCCCGGCGAGCGCGCAACGAAAGGCCAUGGACUUAUCUCCGAUAGAGGAGCCCGAGGAUGCACAUAUUUUGACACGGUCUUACUCCUCGCAGGCAAGCAGUGCCCAUGAUCAUCGUACGCUUCACGAAAAUGAUACUGGAUUCUUAAAUUUCAACCAUAUCCAGCAGGAUGCGCUCGAGUCGGCUCUAGAAGAGGGCGAUGACAAUGCCGCGGACGAUUCAGGCGCGACGACGUCGCAGCCUGCGUCGCAGUCACACUGGACCGCCACCCGCGAAAUCAGCGUUCCCGAAACCCCCGCGAUAUCCCGCGAGUUUUUGCCACAAGGCACCCGCGAGGAGAACUUGAUUCCCCCAUCGCAGCUUUUCGGACAGACGCAGUGGACUUCGGCAGUCAAGGCAGUCAGCCCUACGUCGUCUCGUCCGUCACCCAACGUUUUUAAUCCCAAUUCGCUUUCGUCAAAUCCUAUCGUGUCAUCUCCUCUGAAAAAUAGGGGUCUCAGGACGUCCCCAACUCGACCCUUGACCUCUAGCCCGGCAUUUCCUCGCAUCCUGUCUAAGCCGCCGGACGAGAAAACAUCACCCGGCCCUGACGACGAUUACGAGAAUGGGAACAAACAAGGGAGCGACGUUGCUGAAACCCCACCUCUGCGUUUUGAUGCCCUCAGGCCUAAGACUGUUCUAGAGCCCAUCAGCGAGUACGAAUCCUUUAGGAAGCGAAGCCUAGAAGUCGCUGCCUCUAAGUCUCCGAGUCAGAGUGGCGAUGACCAGGACUCAGAGUCGGAAGCCGACGCGGCUGCUUAUCGUCGACAGCUCGCUAGGCUGAAGCGGGAGAAGGCUAGUAGGACCUUUCCCUCUAUCAGCCUCCCACGGCCGGAUUCGAAGAAGAGCGACGGCGUGGAAGUGCCAUCGACUCAUCGCACGAGGUCUAGCCAAGGACCGAGAAAGUCGGCAUCCGAACAGCGACCGCGGUACUACAGCAAAUAUGAGGCUAGUUACGUCGAAUCACAAGAAACUGUUGCCGACUCUCAAGAAGCGCCAGAGCCACCUCCCUUUGCUGAAGUCGGACCAAAGGUGUCAAACGGAAGCGACGAAAUUAGCCUUCCCGAUACCCAAGACCCUGAGGACGUCAAUCCCCCAGCGCCUCAGGCACCUAUGGCUAAUGUCGAGUGUCAAGAGACGAUCCCCGAAACCAGCCCGCCCGGUACCUCCUUAGGUCUACCUCGACUCAUCGGGGAUAUCCUGGGACAAGAGUCUAGCGAUCCAGCGGGGAUGGAAACUGUAUCCUUCCCAACCCUGUCCAGUGGUGUAGGGGUUGAGCAGGAGCCAACAGCGGCUGGGGAACCUAGGUCUUCGAGUUUGCCACUUUCUAGAAGUCGCCCACGCCGGUCUGGUCGGAGUCGAUACGUUGUGAACUCUCCGUCCACGAUCGUCCUAACGUCUACGCCGCAGAGGACGCCGCAAUCGGCAAAGCUUGAUGCUGUGGCCACACCGUCUACUUUACCCGAGUUACCCCUACCAUCGGAUCCGGACACCACACUAUCGACAUUAUCUGUUCUCUCUAGAACCCCUAAUAUGCCCUCGAGCACAACGUCGCGCACGGAUGUCGAUCACAUACCAGAUAAAGACGAGCAACCGAGCUCGUCCCCAAUUGAGGCAGGGGUGCGGCGUCGAGGGCGACCUUUAUCAUCUGUCUCUAGAUCCAUCUCGCUGCCUAAAGACAGGACGCAUUCGCGUUCUCGAGGAAGCUUGAGGAGAAUAACGCGACAAAGCUCAAUGUCAACCGACGAGCUAGCCAAUUCGCCACUAUCUACGUCCGGGAACGAGAACGAGGUGCGGAACCCGACCACCUCGAAACCAGUGAGAAGAUCUUUCGCCAACCAGCAUCGGCUCCGCGAAUCGGCUAUAAAAGCUGGCAUAUUUGAAGGGAUGGUAUUUGCUCUGUCGUUUCAGAACGAGCAACCUCGAAAGGGUCAGGGGAAGCAUGUAGAUAGAAGUGCCCUCGAACGCAUGAUCCGCCGGGAAGGCGGCAGGGUUCUGUCCGGUGGUUUCGAUGAACUGUUCAAAUUCGACUCGUUCCAGGCGACAGGAAGCACUUCGGCGGCGCAUAGUCUAUCCAGCUCGCUGGAGCUGCUCAACCGGGACACCGGCUUCACGGCGCUGAUAGCGGACGGCCACUCUCGAAAAGUGAAAUACAUGCAGGCUCUCGCCCUCGGCAUCCCGUGCUUAGCGCCGAGGUGGAUCACGACUUGCAUCGCGAAGCAGGAAAUAGUAGAUUGGACAUCGUAUCUCCUGUGCGCCGGGGCGAGCGCGCUCCUAGGAGACGCCAUCCGCUCCCGGAGCCUACAAGCCUACGACGCUUCGACGGCUAGGCUGGCAGAUGCUAUUGAUGCUAGACCGAGGCUGCUGCACGAGGCCCGGAUCCUCCUGGUGAUGGGGAACUCCAAGAACGCGGAGAAGAGGCUACCCUACGUGUUUCUGGCCCAGAUCCUCGGCGGCUCGCUGGAGCGCGUCCGCACUCUCGAGGAGGCUAGAGCCAAGCUCCGGGAGACGGAGUCGCAAGACCAACCAUUCGACUGGGUAUACGUCGAUGACUUGUUGCGCGACGCUGAGAAGGCGCUUUUCGGCCCGGGCACGCCGGAUCCUGCCAUCUCCAGGAAGCGGAAGAGACGGGCUACGGGAGGACCGCCCCACCCGCCGCCAAAGAAGAUUAGGACUCUCAAUGACGAGCUAGUGAUCCAGAGCCUCAUCUCGGGCAGGCUCAUCGAGGACGGCGAGAUGGAGAUGUAACGUAUACGCUCCCAAUUUCCGGCUUUCGCUCUAGCUCUCGCUCUACUGGAGAAGAAGAAGAAGUAUAUUUAACGUCACGCAUUCUACCUAAACUAGAUAAUGAGGCUAUACUGGAGAGUGGCUCAGGGCCAACAUGCCGCGGCAUAUAGGGCCAGGGGGGUAGCUACGGACGUCUAAGAAAGAGGGGCAGGAAACGCGUAAGAUAUCAUUGGAGGUUGGAUGAGCAUAGAUUUGCGCCUUUAUCUGGCGGUCUG